AAAAUGACUACUCUUACUUCAUUGAGAGGAAAAUCCGAAGUGGUCCAUGCCAGAAGGACUGAAUCACAGGAUGUUCACUGUAUUAAGGCGCUCAUCAGAAGCCAUACUGAAAAGAUUUUUGGGAGGAUGAAUGUCACCUAUCUUCUAGAAAAAACGAGCCUUGCGAUAACCCUGUGCAAUGAGAAGGAGGAGAUUAUGGCCCACGCUGCUUUCCUGGACUAUCCCAAUUGGAACGUGGCCCAACAGGACGAAUGGGUGACAGUCUUCCACGAUCUUGAAGGUGCAAGUGCCUGCACGCCCCUGAACACGUUGUUUUUGCAUCUUUUUGUGGCCGUUGAGGAAUACGCGGUCGGCUGUUGCACAGAAAUCAUCAGUGCCGUUUAUAAGGCGGUUCCCGAAUUGCACUUCAUAUAUCUCUUAAUUCCAGCUCACUUGAAUUUAGGCCCAACUUUGAAGACUGUUUUUGAACCAGUGGGCUGCCUUCCAUGUUUGACAUUUGAAGAGGACUUUGCCGUGUUUGUCUGUCUCAGGCAGAAGUACUGUCCUCGGUUAUACAUUCGAAAAGCCAGGUUGGAAGAUUAUGAUGAUCUCAUGCCUAUCUUCACGCUUUACGACACCACUCUGCGGGAAAUCUACGGAGAGUACUUCCUCGCUCAACUUAUAGACGCUCAGGAUGAAGAAAAUCACACCGUCGUGUGUGAGAAUAGAGGCACAGCCGUGGGGUUGAUGAGCGUGUGCUCCCAUGUGAACCUGAGCAUGCUUCAUCGCUGCUUCGACCUGAGGACUUUCCAUGGGUUCUGCAAACCGCAUCCUGAUGACGUUCUGAAACCAAGGCAGAAACCAAGCUUUCAACCAAAGGAGAAGACAAGUAGCCACACAGUUCAAAAAUCAAAGUCUGAUGUGUGUGAACCUCCGGCGCUUCCCGAAGAUAGUCAAGUCAUGACAACGGUUUCCCAAAGUGUGGAGUCCGGACCCCAGAGCCCCGGGUGGAAGGUGGAGGCGGUGAAGGAAGGUGGUCUCUGCCAGCUCCCAGAUGGAGCCACUCCAGGAGAAGCCAGCGGUGACCAUCCGGAUGAUUUAAAGCAGGCAGAGACGGAAUCCACCAUUUCCAAAGCUUCGUCUUUGGUACGUGAUGACAGCGACGGAGAUUCGCAGACCACCCCGCCGGCUCCCUCGCCAGCUGGGCAGGACGAGGACUUUCACCCCGUGUACCGAGGCGCUUCAAAUGCUUUCUGCAUUCAGCUGUUUUGCAUUGAUGAGAAACACGAAACGAGGUCACUGGAUUUUAUGCAAUUUGUUUUCAGCCUUUUCCCUGAAAAAGACUACUGCAUCAUCUCUGUUCCUCAUCUGGUGCCUGAAUUUAUUCUGAUCCAAAAUUUCGUCAGGGUCAUUCCCUUUAGUAGAUGCACCCUGGACCAAGAGCUCUAUGUCUUUCACCGGGCCGGACUGCUCAAGUCAAUUUCCAUAAGACCAGCAAAAACCAGUGAUACACCAGCAGUUGAAAAGCUCAUCCAAACCCUUGUCCAGAAUAAAAGCAUAUUGGAUGAUUUAGAAAAAUUUAAUGAAGCUCGUAGAGAUCCAGAUGGGACACCGGUGCAGGCUUUUGUAGCUGAAGUUUUGGACCAGAUAGUCGGAAUUUCAGUGAUCAGAAAUGAAAUGGACAUUGAGUAUAUACGGGCACAUUACAAUAUUGAAGAUUUUAUCUACUUCAACCAUCACCAGCGGGAGGAGCAUGGCCAUCUAUACCACUUUACUCUAAAUCCCAUAUUCAAGCACUAUACCAAGUACUUUCUGAAGGAGAUACUCCGGCUAAGCUUCAAAUCCUGUCUCUACUACCCUGUUUAUCCGCUGACCAGGGAAGGCCAGUUUCAGAAUCCCUCUGCCCAUUCCCUGACAUCUGCCCUUCAUUACAUGGUUCCCGUGCGACCAAGACGACAGAUUGUCUAUCCUCUGGAAAAGCUUGGCAUAAAUGCUCCAUCAAAGGAGGUCUCCAAGGAUCAGCUGAAGUAUGCACUGAACCACACCAACCGGAAAUUAAUGCUGGAACCCAAGGUGACUAUCAAUGCCAGAGUCGUGGUGGUUGGAGCAUCCAACGUUGGAAUUUCCUUUCUAGAAACGCUCGUCUUUUGCCCUCACUUGAAGUUUAAUAACCUGAUAUUGAUUUCCAUCCACGGACUUCCUGGAAAAAAUCACCUUGGCCCAGAAAACAGAUUUCUAGCAAACGACCACUGUUUCAAUGAUGAAGAUUAUGCAUUGAUGGCACUUUAUUCCUGGGUCAACGUGGUGGUUGGUAAAAUGACGGGCAUAGACCGAGCUGCCAAGUAUGUGGUGGUUUCCAAGGAGAAGAAAGUUCCAUACGACCACCUUGUUCUCUGUACUGGGCAGCAAUACCAGGUCCCAUGUCCUACAGGAGCUGAUAUCAGCAAACUUUUGACCAACAGAGAGACGAACAGUAAAAUGAGAUAUACUGGCCAAGUUCCUUCAAAUCUUUUUACCCUCAAUGAUGACGAGGAUUGCUUAAAUUUCACAAAGUGGCUAAAAGACAGCUUCAUCGAUUCAGGAGGGAAUGUCAUUGUCUACGGGAAUACAAUUGACAUUUACACCACAGUAGAAACCCUCUUAUCUCUUGGAAUUAAUGGCUCUCGCAUACACAUCGUCCAACCUCCACUUAGCUCCAACAUUACUUGCCUUAACAACUAUGCAGUGGAAAAGGCUAUUCAGGAAACACUGGAAAUGGCUGAUGUGACUGUUUAUCAUGAUGCUCUACUUGCACAGUGGAAUGAAGGCAGCCACCCGGAUCCCAUAACAUGUGCCUCUUUCACUACACCUACAAAACCAUUUAAAAUCCAGUGUUCGGCGUUCAUCAGCUUCUAUGAGAAAAACGUGGAUUUUGAGACUUUCAAAGCCCUGAAUGAUGCUUGUCUUGUCUAUGACGGGAGACUGGUGAUUGACACCAAUUUCCACACCAACGAUGUUACCAUCAGAGCUGCGGGCCCCCUCACUAAGUUCUCCAAUAGGUAUUAUGCGAAUGAGUGGACCCACAGCAGAUUCAAUUCCAAAGAGAUCGGUUUCCAGCUCGCCGCGGCCAUGCUGAAUAUGUUUGACCCAACCCUGGACCCAGUGAUGGAGUGCCCGUGUGAUCUGGACAAACUCAUCCCUAUCUAUAAGGGAGCUAAAAUUCAAGGAGGUCGCCUUCCUGGAGGUUACGAUUACUUGCACAUAGCCAAACCUGGAAUCCCUACACCCUUAGAGGUGCAGAUCACUCAGCCUAACUUUGGUGUGCAAGUAAUAACUGGAAAAGCCAAUAAAGGGAAUUAUUUCAGAAUCCACAUUAACCAGUACCACCUGGUGGAAACCAUUACCUGCUUCUCUAAAAAGCCCUUUCCUGUGUCCAACUACAUCUGUUUGUUUGGGCAGCACGAGCGAGUUCUGAACAACCUGUGUACACGCCAUAAAGAUGGUUUGAUCACUGAUCUUUAUAGCUACUUCAGGGAACCUUGGUCCAUGGCCGUCUUUCACGAUCGUUUUAUUGAUCUGAAGAAAGAAUUGCGUGAAAUCCUUGCAUUCAAGGAGGAUGAGAGUCUUCCCUCAGUAGAAGAGCUGGCUCGGCAGAUAGUGGACGAGGAGCUCAACUUGUCUGAAAAGCCAAGAAAAUACCUGAAAAGGUUCUUCCAGGAGAACAUCUACCAAGCCUUGGUGGAGAAAAGCAUUCUUGCUUAUUUGCAAUAUAAUAACUACCAUCUGCCUAUGUAUGCCUGGCCAGGGAUUAUUUAGUUAUGGGCUCAUUUUCAGUUUUAUUGGUUUCAUGUAUGUGGCCUUUUUUUUUUAUUGCCCUGAAUUAAUUAAUACGGAAUUUCACCGAGAGUCUUGUGUUGCAUGGUAGGUACCACGGUGUCUGGGUUUUCAUUUUCUUUUCCUCGUCGAGUUUCAGCUGUAAUACUCACGUUCUCCAGGAGGUGGCGCGCGGCAACGGUGUCUCCGUCGAGCGAAGUUGUGCAGAGCCGCGCUCACAAUUAACACAAUUAACACAACAAACCAAUCAAUAAUCAUUCGACGGAAACACUUAUUUUAGCCAAGAAACACUCGUUUUAUUAAUAAACGUCACCUGCUAG